AUGCCAUGGGACACACAUGCCACUGCGGGUGGGGGAGCUGUGGCUCAGCACUACCCAAGACACCCACAGGACCCCCGUUCCCAGUGUGACCUGCAGGGCCUGUGGAGAAGUGAGCUGGGCUCCAAUAUCAUGUUGGCCACUAACACAGCUGGGACCCUCUCAGGCUCCUACCAAACUGCAGUGGCAGCCACCAACGAGCAGGUCCUGGUGUCACCCUUGCCAGGGGUCCAGCAGCAUCCCAGUGCCAAGAGACACCCCACCUUCAGCUCCACUGUCCAGUGGCAGCUCUCAGCUACAGCAACCUUGCCAGACUCCUCCACUGCUUUUGUGGUCUUUGUGGAUCACCCAGGGAAGGAGACCACGUGGCUCCUGUGGGAAGAGGUCCUGUCACACAAGGACACCUGGAAAGCCACAAGGGUCAGCUCUUCCAUCUUCACCCCCAUCAAGUGAUGGGAAUAGAGACCACUGCUGUCUGCACCCUGCUGUUCUUCUGCAUCUCCAAGUCUCCCCACUGUCCCAGUCCCAAGCUGGGCUCCUGGCAAGGAAACACACCCUCACUUUUCUCUGCUUCUUCCCAGUGCCUCCCAGCAAGCUGUUGGUGGGGCUCCCCAUUCCCAGACUUGCUGCCCUGCACAUGGAGCCAAAUAAACCUUUCCCCACACGGCAGAGAGCUGUGUCCCUUGUGUCCCUGGUACAAAAGCAGCCGUGUGUGGAUGUCUCCCCAUCUGUGGCCAUGGGGAGAGCUAGGUG